AUGAAGCUGUUGACUGUGUGCAUCGCUUUCCUAUCCCACCUUUGGUAUGAGCCCGUGGCGGCAGAGUUCGACUACAUACAGCGGCGGGUCAUCCCAUCCCGCAAGGGUGGCUGGGCUGACGCCUUUCACCAAGCGAAAACACUUGUGUCCCGUAUGUCUGUGGAAGAUAAAAUAUCGCUUGUCACAGGUGUCGUCUUUAAUCGCGCAGGAUGUGUGGGCAACAUCAAUGCCAUAGACUCAAUCCAUUUUCCGGGUCUUUGCAUUCAAGACGGACCGCUUUCCUUGCGUAAUGCCGAUCUUGUCAGCACCUUUCCGGCAGGUGUGACGACGGCGGCUACUUGGGAUAGAGCGUUGAUAUACGCUCGGGGUAAAGCACUAGCGGCUGAAUUUCGUGGAAAAGGUGCUCACGUUUUAAUCGGACCAGUUGCUGGCCCUCUGGGCAGACACCCACUUGGUGGACGAAACUGGGAAGGGUUCUCGCCUGACCCGUAUCUGACAGGUGUGGCUGCCAGUUACUCCAUCAGAGGAAUCCAAGACGGUGGAGUGCAAGCAUGCAUCAAACACCUGAUUGGGUAUGAGCAGGAGACUCAGAGAUCUAAUACUGUAUCCCCAAACGGUACAGAAGUCGCUGGCAUUUCGUCCAACAUCGAUGAUCGCACUAUGCACGAGCUCUACCUCUGGCCGUUUGCCGAUGCGGUAAGGAGCGGUGUCGCUUCAGUCAUGUGCAGCUACAAUCGCGUGAACGAAACCUAUUCGUGUGAGAAUUCGAAGCUGUUGAACGGGCUCCUCAAAACAGAGUUAGGCUUCCAAGGCUACGUGGUAUCGGAUUGGUUUGGGACUCAUUCUGGGGUUAAAUCCAUCCUGUCGGGGCUUGACAUGAAUAUGCCUGGUCCGCUGGGGAGCGAUUCAAUAUCCCAGAGCAACAGUUACUUUGGCCAAAACCUGACUUGGGCAAUUGCAAACUCUUCGAUCCCAGAAAGCAGACUGGAUGACAUGGCACAUCGCAUUCUUACGCCGUACCUACACCUUGGCCAGAAUAAAGCGUUUCCGGCUAUCGAUCCUUCCAAUCUUUACGUUCUUCUCACUGAUUACGGUAUUUCUCCCAGCGCUUAUGGUUUACCUCCCGCGCCUCCUGCACGUGAUGUGAGAGGCGAUCACAAAGAUUUAAUCCGCCAAAUCGGUGCAGCUGGUGUUGUUCUACUCAAGAAUACGCAUUCAACAUUGCCACUGAAAAACCCUGAAAAUAUUGGAUUGUUUGGAUACGACGCCGCAGAUGUAUCCGACGGCGUUGCUUAUCAAGGCACGGCAACCUCGACUCCUGAGUUUGGCUUCAAGAUGGGUACCUUGUCCGUGGGUGGCGGUUCUGGCUCAGCUCGAAAUACUUACGUGGUGUCCCCGCUCCAAGCUAUUCGUAACCGGACCAACGCUCGCUUGCAGUAUAUUCUGAAUAAUGAGUUUAUUCUACGGGGGGACUUUAGUUCGAUUUUUCCAGAACCUGAUGUCUGCUUAGUAUUCCUCAAAACCUGGUCGGAAGAGAGUAGGGACCGCGUGUCCUUUGAGAAUGAUUAUAAUUCCACACUAGUUGUCGAAAAAGUAGCAUCAUUCUGUUCCAAAACAGUCGUUAUCACUCAUUCGUCGGGUGUAAAUACACUGCCAUGGGCUAAGAAUCCCAAUGUUACCGCUAUUCUUGCUGCACACUAUCCAGGCCAAGAGAGUGGCAAUUCUAUAGUGGAUAUCUUGUUUGGAGACAUCAAUCCAUCCGGUCGCCUCCCUUACACAAUUCCUAUCAAAGAGGGUGACUAUGGUAAUCUCAUAGUCAAUAUUAGCGGAUCUGCGGCUUACGAUUCGUCAGCAUGGCAGUCCAACUUUACAGAAGGGCUCCUAAUCGACUAUCGACAUUUUGAUGCGAAUUCAAUUACCCCUCUAUACGAGUUUGGCUUUGGUUUAAGCUAUACAACAUUUGAGCUACAAAAGCCCAUCAAUGUUAAAGCUAUCUCAGCCAUCCGCCAACAGUUUCCGAACGCAGCCUCCGAUACGGUGCCUGGAGGAAACCCCAGCCUAUUUACAGAACUAUUCGAGGUAACAACAAGCGUCAAAAACACAGGCUCGGUUGACGGUGCCUCAGUUGUUCAACUCUAUGUUUCGUUCAACCACAAAGACAUGCCAGCAAAUACGCCUGUGAAAGUGCUACGCGGUUUCGAGAAAAUCAAUCUACAGCCCCAGAGCGAAGCCUUUAUAAAGUUCUCACUCACUCGACGAGAUCUGAGUUUCUGGAACGUAACGGCUCAAGAUUGGCAACUUCCACUUGGCAUUGUGAAUUUGUUGGUCGGUUUCAGCUCUCGCGAUAUAAGACAAGCCAGAAGUAUCAGGCUUUUUUAA